AUGGGCGGACCUAGGUACAAGCUAGGGAGGUCAUAUGACCUGGGCCAAACUGAGAGUUGUCUCUAUGUGUGCUUAACAAUCCCUAGCUACAAGAGCCCACAACAAUGGUUCACUCUCUGCCAGAUACCAAAUAGUUCUAAGAAAGUUUUGAUCCCAGUUACAUCUCCCAACUCUCCUUCUACGUACCAGUCAGAUUUUGCAAGGGUUGGUUCUAGUGCCAUUGGCGGAUUCAUAAAAGAUGAUAAUGCAUCAUCAUCUGCUAGCAUCAUGGUCAUGGACUGUCGUUCUCACACAUGGCAUGAGGCCCCAAGCAUGCGGGUGGCACGAGAGUCUCCUUCUGCUUGCGUCCUUGAUGGAAAAAUAUAUGUGAUAGGAGGCUCCAAAGUUCUCGAUGCAACUAACUGGGUGGAGGUAUUCGGUACAGUGGAUGAAACUUGGGAGUUUGAUUCGUCGUCAAGUCCUGGCGAGAAAAUAUGUAGCGGUUUUAGGUAUCAAAGCGUAGGGUAUGAUGGAAAUGUCUACGUGAAGUGUUUUGAGCGACCGGUGACUUACAAGCUGAAUAAAGUCACGGGAUGA